AUGAGUGUCAAUGAUGUCUGUGUCAUGGUCCCAGCAUGGCUCGCUGCCGUGGCCACCUUCUCCAUUUUCCUGCUGACCUGGGAGGUGUCGGAAAGCUCUGGUGCUGGCGUUGCUGCAGCUCUGGUCAUGGCAAUUAUCCCUGCGCACCUCAUGCGCUCUAUGACAGGAGAGUUUGACAAUGAGUGCGUGGCCAUGGCGGCUUUCUGCACGGCCUUUUGGCUUUGGUGCCGCUCCGUCCGGUAUCCCAGCUCCUGGCCCUGGGCAGUACCGGCAGCCCUGGCCUACGCCAGUGCCGUCGCCACCUGGGGCGGAUACAUUUUUGUCAACAACCUUAUUGGCCUUCACGCAGCAGUUCUCGUGGGCUUCGGGAAGUACAACACAGGGCUAUACCGCGCCUACUCGAUAUGGUAUGCUUUGGGCAGCUGGCUUGCCACAUUGGUGCCUGUGGUUGGCUGGACACCUUUCCGGUCGAUCGAGCAGAUGCCGUCGAUGGCCGUCUUCCUCGGCUUUCAGGUUUUAGAGCUUUGCGACCUCUACCGGCGUCGCCGUGCUCCGAACAUGAGCGCGCUGAGGUUUUGCCUCCUGCGCGUGGCUGUCUUCGUCUCCAUAGGGGUGGUCGCAGCGGGGGUUUGCUGGGCAUUGAUGCAGUUCAACUACUUCUCGCCCUGGUCCGCCCGCAUCCGUGGCCUCUUCCUGAAGCACCGGAAGACAGGGAAUCCACUGGUGGAUUCCGUGGCUGAACACCAGGCAGCCAGUGAGCAGGCCUACGAUAUGUACCUGAGUACCCCAAGGUAUUUUGCCUUCGUGGGCCUCUUCCUUUGCUGGCAUCAGCGGACGCCUUCCAAGAUCUUCCCAGUCUUGUUUGCAGCUGUUGCCUACCAUUUCUCCCUGAAGAUGAGCCGCUUGAUCAUCAUCUGUGGGCCCAUCGUGUCAAUCUUAGCAGGCUACCCUGUGGGGAUUGUGGGCGACUGGUGCAUUGAGCAGGCCAAGCGCUUGCUGUGUGGACCGCCUCCAAGCCCGGUGGACGAGGAGGUGCCCAAGCGCACAGGCGGCAUGGGCUCCAUCCUCCGUAUUUGCAAGAUGCUCAUGUGGCCGGUAACCUACACGGAUGAGAUCAAUGCAGUAGAAAACUGGUCGACAUAUAUGACCACGCGCCUGCCUUUGCUGGACCGGUCCGCCAGGCUGGUACUAGCUGCGGUCGUCGCAAGCUGGGCCUGGAGGGAAGCCCAGGAGCCGUGGGAGAAGUUUGUCUCGCUAUGCUAUCAGCAUGCGGAUUCCUUAGCUGGCCCUGGCUUGGCCUACGAAGCCCGAUACAGAGAUGGUCGAACCGUCAUCGUGGAUGACUACUACCAAGGCUACCUUUGGAUCGACAAGAACACACCCGCAGAUGCUAGGGUUCUGGCUUGGUGGGACUAUGGCUACCAGAUAACUGGCAUUGCGAAGCGCACUUCUGUCGCGGACGGCAAUACGUGGAACCAUGAGCACAUAGCAACAAUUGGCCGCAUCUUGUCCAAUCCGGUGAAGAAGUCGCACAAUAUCAUGCGGCACUUAGCCGAUUACGUGCUCGUUUGGGCUGGCGAACGGGAGACCGACCUGAGGAUCUCCACCCACUUUGCGCGUAUCGGGAAUUCUGUGUUCCCAGACAUCUGCGGGCCGCGGGAUCCCACAUGCAGUAAGUAUGCUGCGUAUCCGGAGCCGACCCCAAUGAUGCGAGAGUCCUUUGUUUACAACGCCGUGAAGCAUAAGCUUCUGCCUGGCGUUGAGUUGAAUCCAAAGCUCUUCAAGGAAGUACACACGACCAAGCAUGGGCUGAUGCGGAUAUACCAGGUAUUGAAUGUGUCGCAAGAGUCCAAAGACUGGGUGGCAGACCCUGCCAACCGUAUUUGCGACGCUCCAGGUAGCUGGUACUGCGUUGGGCAGUACCCGCCAGCAUUGAAGAAACUCAUCGCCAAGCGGAAGAAUUUCUCGCAACUGGAGGAUUUCAACCGCAAGGGAUCGGAAAAGAGCGACUACACGCGCCUUAUUGAGAAGCAGCAAGCCGAAACCGGGCGAGAUGCUGACCUGUGA